UGCUGCCCCAAGAUUUGGAGAAGGCUCAGUUUUUCGCUGUUAUCCACUGGAUCCAAGCUGUCACGGCUACUUUGAGCGGGAAUUUGCUGGGCUAAAGGAAGGUUCAUGCAAGCUCUAAUAACGUAUCAAAGGAAGCAACUUCAAGCUCCACCAAUCCGCCCCUUCUUUCCACAGCAUCAUGGGGUCGAGCUCAAUUAUCGGCUACACCAUAUUCCAGAACAGCGCCAGAUCCCCCGAGGUGCGCCCUCUUGUCUACCUGAGCCUCUCCGAUCUCUUUCUAGGGUUGUGCUGGCUCACGGGGGCCCUUCUCUAUAGCAAAGAUGCAUCCCACCCAACUGGAGAAGGCAGCAUCUGCUACAACUUGCAAGCCACCGGACAGAUCUUCUAUGUCGCCUCAUUUCUGUACACUGUUAAUUACACCUGGCAGCUUUACAUGGAUUUGAAAGGGAAAUUCAACCAGCACUUACAUAGCCAGAUGCCACAGAUGUUGAGCUAUUCAAAUCAGCUUGGCCGAAUAGCAAUCCUUUUCUCUAGUCUCAUCCCCAUCCUCCUGAUGGUGCCUGUUUUGGGGCUAGGCAACCACUUUCGGUGUCCCCAGAACUUCACUGCAGAACAUGGGUGCCUCCUGUUGCACAUGGAAAACAUGCUCAGCACCGGCUCUCAGCAUGUCACCUGCACUGUGUUGUGUUUGUACAGCACUGGAGUUUUCCUGAUCUCGUUUAUGGUCAGCUUCCUUGCAAUUCUGACGCUGCUCAUCCGAGCCAGGAUGUUGUACAAGCGGUUUGUGAACUCGAUGGGCUACGUCGGCGAUCAACAGUGGGCGAUGCUGAAGGUGGUCGAGCAAGCCGUGGUUCUGUACCCCGUGGUGUUUUUCUGCUGCUGGGGGCCAGCCUUUAUCCUCAGCAUAGUCAAGCUGGCACGUACGGAGAACGACAGUGUUUACAUGGCCCUUUAUGUUUUAGAGGCCCUGACCGCAUCUUCCCAGGGGUUCCUGAACUGUGUGGUUUAUGGCUGGACCCAGCACAUGUUCCACUGUGUGAAACGCAAGGCUUGCCGUGAUGUCGACACCCAGACGCCCCUCCUGCGUUCCCAGAAGAGGUUCUACGCCAGCACCCUCCCAGCCCAUCCCCAGGCUAAGCCCACCUCUCCUUCCACAACCUCGGUGUUAUGAACGGGAGACGGGCCCUUUGAACUCUCCUUGCCCACCCCGGUCAUGCCAGGAGGCUCUUUGCUCACCAAGGCCGGCUAGGCUUUCUAGAUCCUGCACAGAGGGAGUUCAACGGAUGACCCUGAAGCUCUUCUCGCUCACAGCCUGGCUGAGAAAUGUGGCUGUCAAACGGAGCAGCGGCAGAUGCGUGAAAUUAAAGAGCUAUCUUGGAAGGGCUGCAAGAGAAUUAAACUGCAAUUGGACGAGAAGAAACCGAAAGACUCCUUAGAUUUAAAUAAUCACUAUUUAUUUGAGGGGAAUCAAAAAUUGGAUAGGAUGGAGAGGACUGCCUUGUUAGACUGCAUCACAUUCCCCCCCCCCCCCCACGAGACAGUUUCCCCAGGAUUUUCCAAAGAAUGGGAAACAGUGCCACUGAGAACUUGGAAUGUGUGAUGUCACCACCUUGGAAAUUAUCCUUUUAUUUCAGUCCUGCUGGUGGAAUAUUUUACAACUUCCUGCCAAACAGUAAAACAUAAAAGCAA